UCGACGUAUAUUGUACAGUUGGAGGGAGAAAGAAAAAGUUAUAUUCUGGCGCGACAGCACGCGACAGCGAGUGAGGUUAGUUUUUCAUGCGUGACUUAUUUUCGCUCGCGAGAUAUCAUCCGCUCGAGAGCUGUCAAGAAGUUACACGUCGGCAAGCUCGGCGGGUUCCACGUGCAGAUCCGCGAGUGGCCGCAAACAUGAUUUUUUACUUCUUAAUGACACCCAUAAUCUUAUUCAUAAACAUGCUGUUACUAAUAGCAGUGUGUAAUGCACUCUGUAUACUCGUUCUUUUGCCAAUUCUAUUAAUAAAAUGGAGAAAGUUUUACUCGAAGAAACGUGAGGAGAGACAACAGACUGGAACGGUUGUUGGGAUCUUUCAUCCAUAUUGCAAUGCAGGUGGAGGAGGCGAGAGAGUGCUUUGGGCUGCUGUUCAGGCCAUACAAAACAAAUAUCCUGAUGUACAUAUAGCUAUAUAUACUGGUGAUCUUGAUGCGGAUCCUGAAAAAAUUCUCAGCAGAACCGAAAAGACGUUUAACGUAAAGUUGCGGCCCAAUAUCGAAUUUAUUUAUUUGCAUGGACGAAAAUGGGUGGAAGCCUCCACAUAUCCUUAUUUCACGCUUUUGGGGCAAAGUCUGGGAUCCAUCUGUUUGGGUAUCGAGGCAUUAAACAAUCUUACACCAGAUAUAUACAUCGACACAAUGGGUUACGCGUUCACCUAUCCUUUAUUCAAAUAUAUCGGUGGUUGCCGAGUCGGAUCGUACACGCACUAUCCCACUAUUUCAACCGAUAUGUUGAAGUACGUUUACAGGAGACGCAUCGGCUUCAAUAAUCGUAUUAUCAUCGCCAGAAAUCCGUUGCUUUCCGGAGCAAAAUUUCUUUACUACAAAUUAUUCGCACGUUUGUACGGGUUGGUUGGUAGUUGUGCCGAAAUCGUGCUUGUAAACUCCUCAUGGACCGAGGAUCACAUCAAUACUAUCUGGAAAUGUCCAAUGAAAACACAUCGAGUGUAUCCCCCGUGUAGUGUGGAGCACUUGACAGAAUUGCCGUUUCUCAACGACGAGGAAAAGGAUGAUAACAUACGCAUAGUGGCGAUCGCGCAAUUCAGACCGGAGAAGAAUCAUCCGCUCAUGCUACGGGCGAUGUUCGAGCUAAGAUCUAUUCUUAAGGAUGAAGUCUGGGAAAAGGUCAAGUUAGUUUGCAUCGGCUCUUGUCGAGACGCCGAAGAUGAAAGACGAGUUAAGGAUAUGCAAGAUUUGGCUAAAUACCUGGCAUUAGAUAAUAACGUUGAGUUCAAAUUGAAUGUACCAUACUCCGAGCUCGUGUCUGAGAUGCAAAAAGGAACGAUCGGUCUACAUACGAUGUGGAAUGAACAUUUUGGAAUCGGCAUUGUGGAAUGCAUGGCUGCAGGAUUAAUUAUGGUGGCUCAUGCUUCCGGUGGGCCAAAGGCAGAUAUCAUAGAAACACGAGCGGGUAGUGUAACUGGUUUUCUAGCAGAAAGCGAAAUAGAAUAUGCUAAAAUAUUGGCUUCCAUCAUACAAAUGCAUCCACAGGAACGACAUGAUAUUAGAGUUGCUGCUAGAUCAUCUGUAAAUCGUUUCUCAUGUCAGAUCUUUGAGAAGGAAUUUCUUCGGGCGAUCGAACCGUUUUUCAGAUCGAAACAAGAAUAAUCUUGUUGCCUUACAUUUCUCUAAAAUGGUGAAUUACAGAUAUUGUGUGUAUAAAUGGCUCAUUUCAAUCAGAAUGCACUUUCAUAUGUGUUACAUUAUCCCAUAUGUGUAUAUGUAACAAACAAGGGUGUUUCUAUAUGUGUGAGGCACAAAUCUGUAUUCACAUGUUUAGAGAUUUAAAACUUUCUGCUUGAUUGCGUUAAUUUUAAGAUUACAGUACAUUAAACAAUCAUAAUUUAGCACAUAAAAACCAUAGCACAUUGUAUAUAUAAUGAUGAUGCUUGUUAAUGAACUGUAUUACUUAAACGACUUCAACAUUCUUAUAAAAUUGUAGAAAUAUUAUUGAAAGUUUAUGAAAGUAUGUGUGACUGUUAAUAUCGAUGUUGCAAUUUAUUUGUAACGCGGUGAACGCGAAAGCUGUAAUUGAUCGACAUGAUACACCGAGAUUGUUAAUCACGUGUGCAACGAUAAGUUAUAAAGCAUCAUAUGAUCAUUGUUUAA